AUGUGGGCUGCAUCUUCAAGCAGCCUCAUCAAGUUGGUCAUUGGAAUCAGAGUUGCAGAAAUAAACAAUUCUACCAUUACAGAGUUUGUCCUUCUGGGUUUCACCAAUUCCGUUGAACUGCAGAUAGUUCUCUUCUGGGUAUUUGCAUUCAUCUAUGCUGCAGCUCUAACUGCCAACUUCAUCCUCAUGUUUACUAUAUCUACUUACAAGAAACUUCACACACCUAUGUAUUUUCUCAUAUUCAAUUUGUCCAUAGUGAAUAUAUUGUCUAUCUCAGUUACAACUCCUCGGUUACUCCUGAGUUUUUUGAGCCAUAGCAAAACAAUUUCAUUUUAUGGUUGCAUCACACAAGUAUUUUUCAUUAUAUGGGCCUUGGGAUCAGAGCUGCUCCUUCUCUCAUUUAUGGCUUUUGAUCGCUAUGCUGCCAUUUGCCAUCCUUUGCAUUAUACUGUUAUCAUGAGGAAAGAAGUAUGUGUUGGUAUAGCACUCUUUGUAUGGAUUGUUGGAAUGAUAAACUCAGCUGUACAAGCUGGACUUAUGCUGCAGCUUUCUUUUUGUGAUUCCAAUGUCAUCAAUCAUUUCUUCUGUGAUAUCCCUGCAAUAUUAGAUCUGGCAUGUUCAGACACAAGUAGAAAUCAUUUUACAACAAUGGUUGCAGAUGUGGUGUAUGGCAUUGGUAGUUGUAUGUUGACUCUAGCAUCCUAUUUUUUUAUACUGAGGACCAUUGUCAGAAUUCGUUCCAUAGAAAAGAAAAGGAAGGCAUUCUCCACAUGUUCCUCACAUCUCUUUGUAGUCAGUUUUUAUUUUUCUGCAAUCAUCUACACAUACAUCAGGCCUUCUUCAGUCUAUUCCCUAGACAAGGAUAAACUUGUUUCUCUCAUUUAUCUGGUAGUAACUCCGGUUGUUAACCCACUCAUAUAUUCUUUGAGAAACAAAGAUUUUAAAGAAGCAGUUAAAAUGUUUACCGGUAAACUCAAGUUCCUUCCAACGUGA